CAAGCUCUAACACUAGUCUAGACUGCCAUUCUUUUGUAUCAUUCGACCUGAUUCAAUCGUUUUUUUUUAUCUCUAUUUUCUCUACCACCUUGUUCGAGUUGAACAUUCCUCGUGCACUCAACGCCCCGCGCCAUUGACCACCCUGUCAUCCAAUCCUUCUUGCGCCCUGUUGCCCUCAACCUCGUCCCCCGACCAUGAGAUAGUGCUCUGGCAGUCAUCUUGCUUUCCUCGCCGCCCUUCCGCCCGCUUUCUUGCCCCUGGCGGCUGGUUUUCCCCUAUCUGUCUUCGGCUGGUAUCCUUGAAGCACCUCCUUGUCUUCUCCCCCCCUUCCCCCCUUUCGAUAUGCUUGUCCCCAAACCCCCGGUGGAAUUAGAGGACCAUUGUUCCAUCGUUCACGACAACACGCUCUACACCUACUCCGCCAAAGGCUUCGCCUCCAUCCCCCUCGAACGCAAUGGCACCUGGACCAAGCUGCACAUGGGAGAGCCCGUCUCCAAUGCCGCCUGUAUCAAGGCCCCCGUCGACGGUGACCCCGACCACCAGGCCCUCUACGUAGUCGGUGGCUCCACCCCCGAGGACGACCCAUCCGGUCUGCAACGUUACUCCUUCCAGGAUAAGAAAUGGCAUUCCAUUCAAUCCGCCCGCACGAACAUGGCCAACCGCACCCAUCACCGCGUCGUCUCCCUCAAAGCAUCCGACUCGAUCCUCGUCUACGGCGGCCACCAGGACGAUUCAUCCGUCGGAUCCUCCGAUACCUUCGUCAUCCAAACCACCGCUCCUUACGGCGUCUUGGCCUACACCUCCCAGGGCGCCCCUCCGUCUGUCUCCCCCGUGCUCGUCCCCUGGAGCGACCGCCAAGCCGCCCUGAUCGGUGGGGACACCACCCCGAAAGGCGUCCAUCUCUUCGAACCCAAGGGCGGCUGGCACAAAUCCCCCGUCACCCUCGCCGAUGAACUUCCCGACCACGUCGAGUGUCUCCUCAUGCGUGGAGCGGAUGGGAGCAAGGUCCUCGAGGUCUUUGACUUGAGCGUCGCCCCCAACACCGUCACCAGUCUGGCCCUGGCCCUUCCGGGCGGUCGACCGGCACGGCCCGCCAAAAAGGUCGGAGAACCCGCCAAGAAGGACCGGCGGGACGAAUCCCUGAAGUUCCCCGCCUACAACGACGAACUUGCCUCCUCUACCUCGCGGGAGCAGUACUCCAUGGCUCAGGGCGACCACGGGCUGGUGGUCUUCUCCAGCGGCGACGGCUCCGAGUCCCUGUCCAUCUUCAACCAAACCGCCAACGGCUGGCUCAAUGCCACGCGGCUCUUUUACGGCGACCAGUCCGAGCAGCAGAUUCUCCACACGAUGUCCUCCGAUUCGCCGUCGGCGACCGCCACGAAUGACCCGUCGGAGAGCAGCGCGGCCAGCGGCGACUCCGCGUCGGAGGACGGCGGCAGCGAUGUCGGGACGAUCGUCGGCGCCACGCUGGGCAGCAUCCUGGGCGUCGCAGCCAUCCUCCUGAUCAUCCUCUUCUUGCUGAAGCGCAAGAAGGAUAGCCGGAAGCGAGCGGCCCAGGGCCACGGGGGUGCCGGCGACAAGGACCGCCUCAGCUUCCAAGACCAGGGGGUGGAGCCCCUGACCCGGUCGGCCUACCCCAUGGCGCACAGCCCCGCUCCCGUAGGCGCCUCGUCGGUCGACUCCCUCGCCAUCUUCUCCGGCAACGUCGGGGACGAAAAAUCGCCGCGCCCCGCCGGGGGUCGCCCCUCAAUGCAGCAGAACCGCCAACCACCCAUGAAGUCGAGCCCGUUGGCAGCCAUGGCCACGGCCCCGCCCGCCCAGGAGAACUCGCGCGGCCCCGCCCGCGGGGGGCAACCGGGCGAUCGGAGGACUGACGAGGGCUGGGCCCGGUACUUUCAGGACAACGACACCGCCAGUCUGGUGGACACGCAGCCAACGCAGGCGCCCAAGAGUAUGAACCCCGCCAGCGCAGACAACCGACAGAGCACAUGGCCCACGGCCUCGCUCACCCCGUUGAAUUUCGGGUUCCUCGAAGGACCCAAGCCGUUGGGCCGCGUGCCCACUGGCAGUCCCACCACCGAACACCCGUCCGGGAACCACAUCGCCAUCCCCGAGAGCCAGUCGGCUCGCAUCUCGAGCGCAGACUCCAUCAGCCUUGCCUCCGACGACUACGACCAGGACCGCGACUCCCACUGGCCGCAGCAGCGCAGCUGGCUCGCCCGCCCGGCGAGCAGCACCUACACCGCCAGUGUGUACAACCCGAGCAGCAGCAACCUUCCCUCUACGGCACCGUCUGUGAGCGACUAUCGGCGUCACGACAGCGUGCGCGCGAGUACCAACACGCGGGGUUCCAGCGUCGUCAUCCCCGAUACCCUUGAGCCGCUCCCGACGCGAAAACAGAACACCGAUAUGAGCUGGCUGAACCUGCAUGCCGAGCGAUAACCAUGUCUCUCUUUCCCCGCGAUAGAGACGUACACUAGCCACAAAAGGCGACAAUCGAUACCGAUUGUACAUCCCUCCCUCCUUACAACUCGGGUACUACCAAUACCCACCAUCAACAAUCCGAACGAACGGCAAAAAAGUUUUCUUCCUCCACGACGGAUGUACAGCUAGCUGCAUUUU